UCGGACUUCAAUAAAUGACCAUCAUGAUGAAAGAUAAAAUAUCAAAAUACCAAUCUUUAUUUAAUCUUUAUUUCAGUGAUAUCUCCCUGAAAUCGGCACGUAUAGACAUGUUCAUCGCAAAAGCUUUCACACACAAUCCUGCUUCCCCCCUGGUCAAGCUCGCUCGGAAAUAAUGCACUAACAGGAACCCACAACAAUCCAUAACCCAUGCAUGCUAAUCUCAUAUACCCAUGGCAGUUGAAGCGGCUGCAUUUAAUUCCCUGGUUCUCCCUCUUCUUUGACUUCUUGCUUUUCAUCUGCAGCAAUUGGGGCCAAAACAGCCAGCCACAUCAAAGCAGAGUUAACCUCAGAUUUCACUCGGCCUCGCUGUGGCAUCUAGACACUUACACCAUGAAGCUCUUUACGUCCCUUCUCGCUCUGCUAGGCGUCGCAUCAUGCGCGAAAGCGAUGGCUGCCAAACGCGGAGAUUCUGCAAAUGGCCUGGACUUUGUUUACCCCUAUCCCGUCAAGAGCUACCGGUUCGUCUCGCAGCGGAAGCAGCUCACCAUGUCGUACAUGGAUGUUUCACCUGCGGGCACACCUAAAGGCAACAUCGUCCUGCUCCACGGAAAGAACUUCUGUGGCGCCACUUGGAACGCCACUAUUAAUGUUCUUGUCAAUGAUGGAUACCGAGUUAUUGUGCCUGAUCAAAUCGGAUUCUGCAAGUCGACAAAGCCAUCUGAGUAUCAGUUCACUCUGUUGGCUCUCGCGCAAAACACCAAUAGUCUCUUGAACAGCAUUGGCGUUACAAAUGCUACCCUCCUGGGACACUCCAUGGGCGGCAUGCUCUCAGCUCGAUAUGCCCUCAUGUUUCCAUCUCAAACCUCCCGCCUCAUAAUGGUCGACCCUCUCGGCCUCGAGAACUGGUUCGAACUCGGCGUUCCCUAUCAAUCACCAGACGUCUCCUACGCAGCUGAGCAAAACACCACCUUCGCCAGUCUCAAGUCUUAUCAACAAAGUACCUACUAUGCCGGAACCUGGGACCCAUCAUACGACGUCUGGGUCAACAUGCUGUUCAGCAUCUAUGAGGGAUCAUUGGGAGAUCACUUCGCCUGGAACAUGGCAAUGACAACUGAUAUGAUCUUCACUCAACCCGUCAUCGAAGAGCUCCCCAAUCUCCAGAUGCCAUCCCUCCUCAUCGUCGGUGAAAAAGACACCACCGCCAUUGGAAGCAAAUGGGCACCAGCGAAUGUUAAGCCAUUGCUAGGUCACUACGAUGUUCUCGGCCCCACAGUUGCAGCACAAAUCCCCGGAUGUACCUAUGUAGCGUUUCCACUACUUGGUCACGCACCUCAGAUCCAGGAUCCGGCAUCUUUCCAUGCUGCGUUGCUGAACUGGUUGUGA